AUGGGAGACGAGGCGAAGGGGGAAGAAGGAGGCCUCCGACUCGUUCUGGUGACGAGGAAGGGAGGGUUCGCGCUCCCCACGGCGUGCCCGUCGUGCCUCCCCGUCUACGUUUCCCUCAAACUCGCCAAAGUCCCCUUCGAUCUCCACUUCGACUCCAAGAACCCGGAUUCAGGUCAGGGUCGGGGUCUUUGGAAGCCAUCCCUUUAACCCUCCCCUCCUCAGUCUUCCAUUUGAUCCGGCCCCGUGCAUUGCCUGGUUUUAUUACUAUUAGUUUUUUCCCCCGAUAGGCUAUGUUUACUUGCUUAUGCUCAUUGUCGUCAUGAGUUCUCUUGCAAGUUAGACAGCUGACGGGCAUGUUAUCUGGACACUUGAUAGAUAUUAAUGACAAUAAACCGGCUGCUUGAUAGUUGAUUCUUGGGUUCAUUCCCUCUAGAUCUCAGCUUCAUAUUCUGAAUAAUAUAUUACUUGAGCUUAUAACUCCCAUUUCAUCGUUUGUGCCUUCACACUUGAACUAAGUGUGCAUUAGACGAAAUUAACUGAUUGAGGAUGAUCAGGCUAUGCAAGAAGGGAGGAAAUGACCUCAUCUUCAUUUUUCUUUUUUUUUUAACUACCAGAUACCGAAAUCAGACCUGGAUUUCUAGCAAUGCCCUCCAUGGGGUCGUUUUCCUGUUGAAUCCGUUCUGUCCAAUUGUUGUCUAAUUUUUCUUUCCUUGCAGACCACAUCCCAUUCGUCGAAUUUGGAGAUUACGUAGCUUACGACAACGAGAAUGGAGGAGUCAUUGAUAGGCUGAAAGAAGAUGGAAUCGUUGACUUGGAUUCUAGUCUUCCAGGUCAAUCAUUUCCAGAUUGGUUAUCUAUGAAAGCAAUGGUUAACUCCUGGCUUGCUGACGCCGCAUUGUAUGAGUUAUGGGUUGAAUCUGAUGGAAGUACUGCAGACACAAUAUACUUCUCUGAUCUUCCUUGGCCAAUUAGAAAGGUUCUUCACUGGAAGCAAAGUAGGGCUGUCAGGAAUAUAAUGGGGAUAACGAAAUUCAAUGCUGCAGAGCGAGAAGGCGAGGUGCCACACGAUUUACUUCAUUAUGCUUAUCUUGGGUUCUUUGCCCGUUUAUUUUGUGAUUCGUAAGUGAUCAGAAUCUUGUGGCAGAUAUACAGGAAGGCUAAACAAGCAUACAAAGCUUUAUCCUUGAGGCUAGGGGAUCAAACAUUUUUCUUUGAGAACAGGUAUCUUAGAUGCUCUGUUUUUUCGAUUUUCAGUCCAAUUCUCUGGUGACGCUUCGUUCUCCAUGUCGAGUUUAAUAAGAAAUUCCAUCUUUUCCUGUGAAUAGGCCGACUAGUUUGGAUGCUGUUUUCCUCGGGCAUGCUCUUUUUGUGCUGCAAGCUUCACCUGUGAGUCACCUUCUGUUCUCCUAUCAUCUAUGUCUUGUUGUCCACGGUUCAAAAUGAAGCUCAUCUCUUUCUUUAUGCUUUUCUAAACAGAGGAUGCUCAUCGCCUAAUUUUCAUUGGAAUCUGUGUUUAGUGUUGAAUCUCAGGAGUUUUUUAGCAUCGUGUGGCUGACGAUAUUUUGGUCUCCUCCCUCAUUCUGAUCAGUAUACAAUGAAGAAAAGUGCUGGAUAGGCUUUUAUGUCUGGCCUUCUGGCUUUUAAUAACCAUGCAUCUUGAUGAUGCUCCAUUUCUGUGGAGUAAACUGAUGAAUUUCUUCCCUCCAUGAGAACACAUUUUCUAGGUUCAAUGCUGGUCAGUAGUGAUCGACCCAUCUCAGUGAAAAUAUAUUUUUUGACCAUUGGCAGGCGUCCCUUACCUUGGGCAUUCCAUCAGGCAAAUUUUAUCUUCUUUACCACUUGGACUGAUCAGCCAUGGUCAAUAGAACAUUAUCCAACACUCUUGACUCGGGACGAUGGCAAUGCCGUCUUCCCAACAUUGUGACAAGAAGUCAACUCAGUACAUUGACACACUUUUGACAUGAAAAACUCACUGUCCUUGAAAGGUCUCCGCGUAAGUGUUGGCACUGACCCUCUAAAAUGUGGUGUGUGGAAUUGGAACGGUGUUAAUCUCGGAUGGAAGAGUUUCUCUCUGUUGCUCCACAACUGUUGACUGCGGAGAGCAGUAGAGCCCAGCCAAGUUGGAUACACGCACUGGGUAUCCUCUUUCCACGUUUCUUCCUCAAUAUCUAUGACCAAACCAUCCUGAUGAUCCUGCCGCCUAUGUGAUUGGGUGAUCUUCCUCAUCUGUCUUCUCCAAUGAAAUAAUCACUGUGCACCAUGUGGUAAACGUUGGGGAUUGACCUCUAUCUGGCACCAGUUAGAGAGGGAAGCUAAAUCGUCUUCCCCCCAAAUGUAUAAAAUAAAAGAAGAGAUUCUCACUACUUCUAGGCGUUUUUAUUGUCAUCUUCGCCUUAUUUCUUCUCCCUCUUCUUUCCCUCAAAAUUAUGAACUAAUCUGCAAUUCUCAACUGCUUGAACUCUUGGUUUGCCUGUUCCUUUUCUUAUAGCUGCUUUGUAGGCAUGGUUUCUCAUAUUUAUCAGCUGUCUGCUCUUCUGUCUGGCGCUUUAGGAAACAUCAACACUGCGAAAACUUCUAUCGAGCCAUGACAAUCUCGUGAAAUAUGUGGAAAAUCUGAAGGGAGAGUUCCUCGAAGCAGGCUCUUCGUCAUCUUCUAUGCCCGGGUUCCCAUCCGAGCCUCCGACAUCUUCGACGUCUGCGAAACCCUCCUCACAUUGGACUUGGAGUAAGUGGAAAUGCCCAAUAAUGCUUCACCCUUUAAUUCUCCUUGACUGCACUUGCCUGUGGAAUUGUUGCUGAUUAGGAUUCGAUAUGCAUACCAAGCAAAUGCGCACAUGUUUAUAUAGAUGAUAUUAUAUAUGUGUUGCUAUGUACAUACGCAAUAAGUUGAUCUGGCGUACGGUUGGAGACCCAGCUAUUCACAUUUUAUCUGUCUGCUGUUCAAGCUGGUUUAUACAACGACUGAGUUUUGGACUUCCAUGCGGUUUCGCUUGACAGGUUCAAAGCCCAAACCCAAAGAGAAGAGAGAGAGGACGGAGGAAGAAAAGGCUUUCCGGAGGAGAGCCAAGUAUUUCCUCCUCACUCAGCUGGUCUCUGUCGUGGUAUUCCUCACGCUUUUGGGGCCCAUCGCUGCCCACGAAGAACUAGAGAUGGACGAGGACGACGACGACCUGAGCUAUGAAUACUGA